UAUAAUCCUACCUAUGCUACAAGUAGCCUCACCUAUGACAAAUAUUAAUUAUGUUUCUUGUGUGAUGAACGUAAAUAGUGGUCCUCAAUCUCAACAGAGGAAGUGUGUGUCUCUCACACAUUCAGCAGUUCGUGUUAAACAUGUAACCAGGAAAGAAGCACUAAAACUCAUCUGAACACACAUCGAGAGCUUCAGAAGAACUGAAUCUACUAACAACAGAGAAUCAUUGAAUAAGAGAGAAGAAUGAAGAUCAUCUGGACUUUCACUCUGCUGAUGAUUCCUGGUGUGUUGAGCUCCAUCAGUGUGACGGGAUAUUCAGGAGGAGGAGUCAGGAUCAGGUGGAGAUAUGAUAGAAAAUAUACAGAAAAUGCAAAGUAUUUUUGUAGAGGACAGCAGUGCACAGAGCUAAUCAGGACUAAUACUAAAAACGAAUGGGUUGACUCUGGAAGAUUCUCUCUGUAUGACGACACAACUGCAGAAGUUUUCACUGUGACCAUCAGAGAUCUGAGUGAAUGGGAUUCUGGGACGUACUACUGUGCAGCUGAUAUUUCUUGGUAUAUAGAUUCAUACACUGAAGUGAAUCUGAAGGUUAUAACAGGUCAAAAGAUCAGAGCAGCAGAAUGGACACAUGUCGGCCGAUUCUCUGUUCAUGAUGACAGAUCUGCUCGUCUCUUACGUGUGUUUAUCAGAGAGCUGAAUGUGAACGAUUCUGGAGAAUAUAAGAUUAUAGUCAAAGUUUCUGAAGACUACAGUUUCUUCUCUGAGUUUCACCUGAACAUGCUUGAAACCAUGUACCACCACCACUGCCAUCUUCAUCAUCUGCUUCUCUCUCAUCAGUCACAUCUCCACUGAUCACAAGAGUUUCCAAAACAUCUUCAUCUAGUUCGACAUCAGCAGGUGCUGAAAUACAAACUUGUGAUUCUCGGCGUAGUUUGUGAGGAGCUCGGACACCCCCAGUGGCCGAAAGAUAUUACUAAACAUUAAAAACAUUCAAGCUUCAGUCACACAAGCUUCAGCUUGCAGUUUUGUUUUCUGAGUGUCUCUGUAUCAGCAAACUUGAAUUCUGGGUAAUGAAUGUGUGAAUGAGAUCAGUAUCUGUGUGUGAAAAAGCAACCUUUAGAAAUUCAUUGUUUUGUUUUAUUUGCAAAUUUUGCAGAAAUAUCUUCAUCACUACGAUCAUCAGUGUCCUCAUCAUCAUCGUCAUCAUCAUUUCAGCAGAGAAUGUGUGUCAGAAACUGAUUUAUUUUAAAAGAGUCUGAGAUGUUCAGUAUUCAGAGCAGCAAAUAACACUCGUACUGUGUGACCAGAUCAUAUUUACCAAAUGGACAUUCAAUGUCAAAGAAAAAUGUCUUCCUCCAGAUGAUUGUUUGUUCCAAUAUUUUCUUCCCUUGCUUUCCAGAUUGUCACUUGUGUAUUUAAAGGGAUAGUUCACCCAGAAAUGAAAAUUCUGUCAUUAAUUACUCACCCUCAUGUCGUUCCAAACCCGUAAGACCUUCAUUCAUCUUCGGAACUGUCAGUGUUGUUCCUAACCUAUCUGAUAUGCAAUUUCCUGACCAACCCUCUAACAGGAACGUUAAGAAAAGGUCAGACAAAAUAGAAAUUGUUUUUGAUGAUUUUUUAGUUCAAGGGAUGCAACGAAACUGGAGUAGGGAGGUCAAGAAACAGGAGAAGAAGGAGCGUGGGAGGACCACAAGAUCAUCUUCAAGAUGAAGGCAAUUCUGAGGUUGAUGAGAAAGCAAGAAUCAACAAAUAAGAGAAUAUUGAAAUUGAUAAGAGACAUGAUUGAAUUAUGUGAUUUUUCAGCUGAAUUACAAAGAUUAACAAAUGAUUUAGAGACAGUGAAACUCCAGACUCCUGUUAUAAAAAUAUAAGUGUUGAAAGCUGUGUAAAAGUGUAUCCUAUGUUGAGAUCACAGACAAUAACUUUCUAGGUCUAACUGCUAUACAGUUGCUUUGCUUAUUUUGUAACAUAACUGUUAAAAGCAAGGGGAUGCAUUUUGCAAUUCGAAUGCAAAAUGGAACUUCUAGCUAACCGUGGCAUAAGAUGCUCUUAACACCUGCUAGAGGUGUUAUAUUGUGGUUUAGGCAUAUGUGCUUGUGUAUCCCUUAGGUUUUGAAAAGUGUUUAAAAUUUUUUCCUAUAGUUUAAAAUAGAAGCAGACACGCUUGCUAUCUAGUGCUGUUAUAAUUUUUCCUUUUGAACUUUUGACACUGACUUGUGCAGACUCUGAGACAAAGGUCAUGCUUCCUGCCUUAGAGGGAGGAGGCAGUCACAAGCAGUGACAGAGAUAGAAUAGUGAUGGGAGGUUUUAGUGAGAUUAAUGCAAAUGAUAUGCAAGGACUAUAAAAGUGCUUGUAAAACUAUUUGUCGAGGCCGACAUUUCAUGGUGAAGACUACUCGCUGUUAUUUGCUUAUGAGUUAUUUGUUUUUUAA